CACGCUACACAUUUCUCUCGCCUACUCCUACAAGUCAUCCGUGACCGCCGCUUGCGUUGCCCACCCCACAACAAAUCCAGACGUCGCGAGAUUACACAACGGGAUGAAAGUUUUUGUGCGAGUCAGUGAAAGCACUUCCUAGGCGGAAGAUGUGGACCACGUGAAUAUCGAUUUCCCGAACGCGUGCGGGCAGGCUGUAAACGGGAGAGGUUUGCACGAUUAUCUAUGUGCUUGCUCGCUGGGGUUCAGUGAGUGUGCUCCGUAGUGGUAUUCUCGACGAUAAUGGCCAGGUCAUCCAAACGGAGGAAGAACGGCUCCGCUUUUAUGGCCAACAGGGCUCAAGAAAAUGCUGUCUCUGCCUUAGUGUGGCGUAACCCAUUUGAGGUGAAGGUCAACAAGCAGAAGUUUAAUAUCUUGGGCCGGAAGACAAGACACGAUGUGGGGCUACCAGGUGUCACGCGCUCCAAGGCACAAAAGAAACGCACUCAGACUUUGCUUAAAGAAUAUAAAGAAAAAGAAAAAUCCAAUGUAUUUAAAGAUAAACGUUUUGGUGAAUAUGAUACCAAAAUAAGUCCAGAGGAAAAAAUGAUGAAGAGGUUUUCUUUGGAACAACAGAAACACUAUGAAAAAAAAAGUAUAUAUAACCUCAAUGAAGAGGAAGACUUAACUCAUUAUGGCCAUUCCCUAGCAGACAUCAAGAAACUUAGUGAUAUUAUUGAUAGUGACAGUGAUACUGAAGAAAGAGGAACACUGUCAGAGGAAUUAACAGCUUCUCACUUCGGAGGUGGUGGGCUUCUUUGUAAGAAAACCAUAGGGCAACCAAAUGAAGAAGAUAAAAAAACCAAGUCUCAGAAGGACCUUAUUGAAGAAAUGAUAGCAAAAUCCAAACAAGAAAAGAGAGAGAGAAAAAUUCAAAGGGAAAAUACAUUGGAACUUACAGAAAAACUUAACAAUGAUUGGAAAGAGAUCCAAACUUUACUAUUCUGCAGGACCUCCAGUUCAGAUGUGCAAGAUGAUGUGAAAGAGAAGCUCAAGCCCGAUGAAUAUGAUAUGAUAGUUAAAGAACUGGGUUUUGAGAUGAAGGUGCAACCCUCUGCUAGGAUGAAAACUGAAGAAGAUUUGGCAAAAGAAGAACAAGAGAAACUCAUACAGUUAGAGGCUGACAGAUUACGUCGAAUGCAUGGAGAAGCUGAGCCUGAGAUAAAAAAGAAAAUGAAGUACAGAUCAGCUGACGAUUUGGAAGAUGGUUUUGUCUUGGAUCAAGAUGACAGGCAUUUGCUUUCUUAUAAUGAUGGCAAACUUAACAUUGGGGAUGAUGAAGAUGAGACGAAAGAGGGUCUCUCUGAAAGAGAAGAUGAAGAGUCAGAUACUGAAGCUGCUGCUAUUGACCCUUGCCGUGAUUGUGAAACUGAUAAGGGGAGUAUAAAGGAAGCCAGAGCAAGGAGAAACCAGAAGAAAACUAAAGAAAGCAAAAAAUUGCAAAAUAAUCAACAAAAUGCUUUGGGAGAAACUGCCAAAGUGGAGUUGCCGUAUUUGUUUGAUGCUCCAGAAUCUUAUGAACAACUUAAAGCUUUAUUGUGGGAAAGAACAAUGGAAGAGCAACUGCUUGUGAUAGAGAGGAUUCAGAAAUCAAAUCAUCCAAGCCUUGCAGUGGGAAACAAAGCAAAGUUAGAAAAACUGUUUGGAUUCCUUCUGGACUAUGUUGGGGAGCUGGCACGUAAGGAUCCACCAGAACUAAAAACAAUUGACAAGUUGGUCCUGAUAUUGUAUGAUCUUUGCCAGAUGUUCCCUAAGGCCGCAAGCAAUCAUGUUAAACUUAUCCUUCAAGAUGCCACUCAUGACAUAGAAGAAAUUUUAGAAGUAAAAAGUCAUGCAAGAUUUCCAGGACUGGACAUGCUCAUAUAUUUGAAAAUAAUUGCAGUCCUUUUUCCAACUUCUGAUUUCUGGCAUCCAGUGAUAACACCAUCAUUGUUAUAUAUGAGCCAGCUACUUAUAAAGUGCUCAGUAACAACAUUACAAGAUAUUGCUAAAGGAUUGUUUGUUUGCUGUCUUUUGUUGGAAUAUGUAUCCCUGUCUCAAAGAUUCAUCCCAGAACUUGUCAAUUUUCUUCUGGGAAUUCUUCACAUGGCGAUACCCAAGAAAGGAGUCCAAGGCUAUACUUUGGUACAUCCAUUUGGGUCACUGGGAAAGCAUUCUGAAUUGCUUGUGAUCCAUGAAAAAGGAAGUACAGAGACUUGGCAAAAACAAAAUCUUCCACUUCAUAUCAUAACUAGAUCAAAUGAAGAUGACAAAACAGAAGUUCAUCAUCUUCGGUUAUCAUGUCUGAGCCUAGGCCUGGAUCUAGUUUUAAGAUGUGCAGUACUGUAUGGAUCGCUGCCAUCCUUCCAAGAAAUUGUACGACCCAUCCAAAAACUCCUUACUACACACUUGCCUUUGAUGACAUAUCCUACAAAACUGCAGGAAUUGUGUGACAGUGUGCUGAAGCAGCUGGAAGUCCAAAAGCAAUGUUACUAUCCUUUGGUAUGUGAAAAGAAAAAACCAGUGCCUUUGAAGCUUUUCACACCCAAAAUAAUGAAAGUUCUGGAAUUUGGAAGAAAACAAGAAAGCAGUAAAAAAGAACAGGAAAGAAGACGUCUAAUUCAUAAACACAAACGUGAACUUAAAGGAGCUGUUCAUGAGAUCCGCAAAGAUAACCAGUUCCUUGCUCAAAGGCAGCUUACAGAAAUUAUGGAAAGGGAUUCUGUAAGAAAAAGAAAAGUGAAAGAACUCUUCAGGAGCCUUGCUCAGCAGGAAGGAGAUUGGAAGGCAAUGAAGAAAAAGAAGUUUUAAGUAUUUGUUAAUAUAGUAUAUGGAAGAAAAUCAAGUUUAGAUUUUUAAUGUAGCUUGUAAUAUUUUGAAUGAAUCUUGUAUGUGUGUAGUACCGAUGGAAAAACAAAUGCAAACUGGACAAAUCAAAGAAUAAUCAUUUUAAAUAAAAUCUGCUUGUAUUUCGAACAUUUUUGGAAAGUAAGCAGCACUGAUACUAA